AUGAAUCGCCAAGUAUUUAAUGAAGCAUUUGAUUCUUAUGGAAUUGUACAAAUAUUUACUGCAAUGUACUCAAUUGUAUUUUUCUUUACAAUGCACUGCAUAAUUCCAUUAUGCUUUAUAAACAAAAUAUACAUAAUUACAAUUUCCAUUCAAUCGUACACUUUAGUAUUAGAAUUUAAAUAUUUCCAUCCCUUGAAGUUUUUCAUUUUGAUUCAAUUUUAAUUUGAAGAUUAUUGAAUGAUAAAUCUUUCAAUUUCUUCCUUCUUUUUCUUCUUUUUCUUUUGAACAUUACAGUACUCAAAUGAUAUAUAAGUACAUACAUAUAUAUUUGAUUUAUAAGAAAAUAGAAGUAGCUGAUCCUUAUGCACUGUAAUUACAGUGUUCAGUUUUGGAAGUGGUAUCAGUAGAUUUUUGUAUUCCUCUUCUACUAAAUCGCAACUUAUAAAUAUUUUGCAUGAUCAAAAAUAACUAUACACAUAUAACAUUAGAUUUUACAAUAAAAUUAGAAAUUUAGCGAAACGUGACUUUUAAGAGUAAUGAUGUUUUAAUCUUUUCAGAAUAACCAUCUUACUAAUCUACGUUUAAGUGUGUUGUGUCAAAUUUAUUAUUUAUAUGAUAAAGCAAUGGAAAGCAAAAGUAAACUAAUCAAAAUCUUCAUUUUUUGUCACGUAGGUUGUCUUGUCAGAAACACCUCAGCAGGACACCGGAAUCCGUUAUUGCGGCUGGCGAAUCGUAAUCACCAAAAAGCGGAAGUCAAUAAACAAAUUCUUCUCUUUUUAUUUGAGCAAAAUCAAAUUACCUCACAUGAAAAAAUAAGCGAAGAAAAAUACGAUUUAUAA